AUGUCGUACAAUCCAUCCUACGGAGGCCAAUUCCAAGGUCUCAAUGCAGCGAGAGGAGCUGGCAAGAAGGAGGACCCGAAGUCCAAAGGCAGCUCCAGCUCUAUGGCUAAAAGCGACCCGCUUGCUUCCGACACUCCCCCAACUAAAGUGAUUGUGAAAUUCACUGGCUUGACGUUUGUCGGCAUGCCUGAUCUGAAGGCACCCGAUCGAAGGGAUUUCUUCGUCGCAGCAGUCUUCGAAAACGAUGACCUGAACGAGGUCAUGAAGCAUAAGCGGGCGAGGACGCCCAUUAUGCCCGGUCGAUAUGUUGGCACUGUAUGGAAUGCGGACUUCAAAAACUGUCAACUGGUGCUUCCGGUGGCAGACCCGAGCAAACGACUGCGUUUCUACGUCUGCGCGAUCACUACGACGCAUGUAGAGGAGGAAGGCAAGCGGUCGCGAGAUAUUGCGCUAGUCGGCAUUGGCUACUCAGAUUCAUUCUUCAUAGACAAAUGCAAAACGUACUUCUCGUCUGUCCUGGAACUGAAACCCGUUCAAGGCGGCGAUGAGAGCAUCAAACCCGGCAAGCUUGAACUCUCUGUGGAAUGCUGUGGAGACAACCAUGGUCCCCCUAUCCCUCCCGACACCGAAGACAGCGUCAUGGAGGCUUUCCAAGCGUAA